AUGGAUGGCUUCGUUCGGCUGACGCAGGCGUGUGUUGCGGGCGGGGUCGAUCCGGCGGGCUGGCUGGCCGAGAGCAGGGGCAUGGUGAUCAGCAGCACCGGCCUCCUCCAGCUGAUCCUCGCCACCCGGCCGCCCUCGGCCCGCCUGCUCGCAUACUACCAGGCCGCAAUCGCCGCCGCCGCCAUCGACCCCGCCGAGGCCGCCAGCCAGCUCAUCCACGCCAGCCAGCCCCUCCGAGCCGCCCUCGCCCGGCCCCUGCGCACCGCCACGCUCAUCCCCGCCGGGCCAGAGCACGCCAGCCAGCUGCUCGCCACCCUCCUCCAGCUCACCGCCACCCCCGACACCCCCGCACCCCCCAACACCCUCGUCCCCACAUCCAUCGCCGCAUACGCACAUGCAAACCCCCGUUCCCCCGUCCGAGACAUCCUCCACGCCGCCCUCAGCCUCCCCGCCACCUGCGACCCCAGCAACCCCCACGAAGACGCCGACAGACGCGUCUGGACCGCCCUCCUCGCCGGCGGCCGCCUCCCCGAGCUCAUCCGCACCGCCCUCCCCACCCACCCAGAACUCUGCCCCGCCGACCUCCUCGGCCUCCAACAGUCCCUCAACCACCCCCGCCUCUGGCCCGCCCUCCACGCCGCCCUCGUCGCCAACCGCCUCGCCGAAGCCCUUCCCGAUCCCUCCCCCGCCGGGCACCUCGACCUCGGGCUCCAGCCGCUGCUCGACGCGCUCGGCAAGGACAUCCAGACCCCGCCCGCAGCCCUGGCACGCCUCCUCCACCAGACGCUCGAGACCGCCGCCGCCACCUUCGACCUGGCCACCUGCAUGGCCCUGACCACCGCGCUGAGCACGCUCGGCGGCCUGGGCGUCCUCGGCAGCGAGUUCGAGAGCUUCGGCGCCCUCCUCGGCUGGCUGCAGGGCGUCGUGGGCAGGUUCAACUUGAUGGAUGAUCUCGAGUACCAUCUGGACACCCAGACCGGCUUCACGCUGCACUACAUCACCAGCCCGUCGACGGCCUACGCGACCAGCGAGCUCCCGGCGACGCACGAGAGCGUGAUGCGGGUGUGGAUCGAGGCGCUGUACGGCUCCUCGGGGAUCCCCGACGCCCUGCUCGGCUCGACCGACCCGCGCAUCUUCUUCGCGACCGCGGCGACGAUCGUCAAGCAGUCCUUCGACGCCCUCGCCGUCGGCCGGAUCGAUCUCCAGACCUUCAGGGACGGGCUCAGCUACUUCGAACACAAGCUGCUCAUCGGCGGCGCCGCCGUCGGCGUCGUCGGCUGGAUCCUCGACGAGCUCACUCGGCUCGGCCCGUUUUCCCCCACCGACUAUCCGACGGCCCUUCUCGAGAUCCUGCAAGCGAUCCUGCUCUCGGACGCGAUCAGUCCGACGGCGCUGCGGCUCGUGGGCGCGCGCUCGCUGGGCGUGAUCCGGGCGUACGACGGGCGCGUUUCGUCGCCCGUGGCCGUUCUUCUUCCGCCGGACGACGCGGGUCUGGGCCGCCGGGUGCAGCUGGACGUGGCGGGGCUCGAGCAGCGGUUGACGGAGCUCCCGGCGAGCGAGAUGGAGGACCCUGCGGGCUUCCUGGCGCACGACUUCGGGCCCGGCACGGACUGGCCGACGGCGCUGACGAUGGCGGUCCACCGGGCCCCUCACUCGCACGGCCGGCCGACGGUCCGGGUGCAGAAAGCCUGGGACGCCGCCCGCUACCAUCGCGUCCAUCGCGCCGUAUCCGUCGCCGUCGACGUGCUCACAUGGCCCGCCCCGCCCGCCAGGGGACCCGCCCCGCUCCCUGUGGCCCUGCUCGACCAGCUCUUCGGACGCUGGGGCGACCGGCUCGCCGCCCCGGCCGGCACCCUCGAAGACGCGCUCGUCGAGCGAGACAUCGUGCUGGCGUGUCUGGCCCGUCUGGACGCCUGGGCCUCCAGCCAUCCCUCCCCGCCCGCCUCGGAGGAUGAGCCCGGGAACCCCGUCGCCCCUAUCGACGCCGCCCGCUUCCGCGAGAUGUGUGUCACCUCGCUGCGCGCCCAGAAGCUAGGCCCCGCGCCGCCCCGGCCGAGACGAGGUGCGCGUGAUGGUCUCGGGGGAGCCUGUGACGGGACGGCGGUGGCCAAGGAGGAGGGCCCGCGGCGGGAGUCAAGGCCGGGCCUGUCCGUCGGGGACGGCGUGAUUGGGCAGGCGGACGGUGAGGCCGAGGCCGAGGGCCGGGUCCCGGAGGGAAGAGAAGAACCGGGGGCGGCGGGACUGUUCGACACCGAGGCCCCUUCCGGACGACGCGACGAAGAGAUGCCGCCGGAGACCGACGACGGGCAGGGAGCGGCCUCGGAUACGGUGGGCCGGCCGGACGACCCCGCGACCACGCGGGAAGAAGCGGCGGAGAUCGGGGCGGCCGCGGCGAUGGACGUCGACUGCGAGCCGUGUCCUGCUCCCGCUGCUCCGGCAAAGAAGGUCCACUUCCUCGCCGACCGAUCCCCAGCCGCCGCCGCGCACCCGGCAGGGCACGGCGGCCGCAAGCGGCGCAAGACGGCCGCCGGGCUCGACUGGAUCUGCGCCGGCCUCGCCUUCGCGCCCCUCCGCCAUCCGCCGCCCGUCGACGGCGCCCUCUCGUUCCUCGAUGUCCUCGAGCGGGCUGACGAGCGGUUCGUGCUUGUUGGGCUGCGCGACGGCUGA